AUGGGACUGGGUCCAGCUGUGGCUUCUCUUUAUGUUACUGAGCUUUAUUCAGAUUGCAACAUGUCUUGGUAUCAUAAUGGCUCUUUUUAUUGGAAUUCCAUCAAAAGAAACUCCUGGAUGAAAGGGAGAUGCAAUGAAGCUGAAGCAGAGCUUGAGAGGCUCUUAAGUGCAGCUCAUGUGAAACUUGCAAUUGCAGAAUUGUCACGCUUAGACAAGGGGGAUGAUGCUGAGAGUGUGAGGCUGUCAGAGUUGCUUUAUGGUCGUCAUUUCAAAGUUGUGAUGAUUGGAUCUAUAUUGUUCGGAUUACAGCAGCUAUCUGGGAUAAAUGCUGUCUUUUACUUUUCAUCAGCUGUUUUCAAAAGGGCUGGUGUACCCUCGAACCUUGCAAAUGUUUGUGUUGGUUUAUCCAACUUGACAGGUUCAAUUGUUGCUAUGCUUUUGAUGGAUAAACUUGGGAGAAAGAUGCUUCUUCUAGGAAGCUUCCUUGGAAUGGUAGAUUUUGCUUUUGGAUAAAAAUUU